AUGAGUUCAACCGAAUCUAGAGCGCCUGUACAGGCUACCCCUACUCCCCCGGUGUUUUCCUACGCUCAGGCUGCCAAGGGACGCGCGACGGCAUCAGCAGCUUCAGUGGCUUCAACUAGUCAGACGAGUCAGGCAACAUCUGGUAUCAGCACACCGGCGAAGGAUGCAAAUUCCGCCGUGCAUACUCCAUCAGCUUCGGUUAACGGAGCAAACUCUGGUUCCGAGGGCGCUGGAAAGGCUACGAAUGGAAGCUAUGACGCGGUUACAAAGUCAGAUCCACUGGGGUUGGGUAUGGAUUCCGAGUCGAAGUCAUCAACAUUGAUAAAUUCAGGUUCCUCGCCUGCUUCGCCCAGCUUUGGAACAGCUUCCACUUCAACACUUCCGAAGGAGGAAGACCUUACAGUAUCUGGCUCCGCUCAGUCCGAUUCGGUGUGGGACCGACAUACCCAAUCUGCAAACGGGACAGACAAGUCUGCAGAGGCACCGGAGGGACGAAAAGGCAAGAAGGGCAAGAAGCAGAAGACUGCUGAGAAGGAUGCAGAAAAGGAAAAGGAAGAAGAAAAGAAGCCGGAGGUUCUUGUAGCUGCUCCUCCACCCGCCGUGAACAUCUGGCAGCAACGGAAGGAGGCGCAAGCGCUCAAGGUGAAGUCCAGUCCACCGAUAGUCCAGAAUUCGCAGGCCUUUGAGAAUGGUGCUGUCCAGCCAGCCGACCCGAAGAGACGCGGAAAGGCAAGCGGCCCCGAUGAUGGAGACAAGGGCUUGGAUGCAACAGUGAAUGGAGUUGCAAAGGAACCAAGUACCAAUAAGGGGCAGAAGAAAGGUUCCGACGGCAUAAGCAAAGGAAAGGAGGAUGCCUCCAUCAAGAGAGCUGGCCCUCGAGGUAGUAGAGUGAGUGACAGAGAAGAAAAAGCUGCGGCCAGUCAGUUGCCUCCGCCUGUGGAGGAUGCUAUGUCUUGGCCAACCCCAGAGACAGCAUUGGAGGAAGAAAAGCGCAAAGCGCAGGAGAAAGAGAAAUCCGAGAAGGAAAAGGACGAAAGAGAUGAUAAUGUCGCUUCAAAUAAGCCGAGACCUAAAGAGAAGUGGGUUCCGGUGCCAUAUGUUCCUUCGGUGAACUUCAACACACCAUUACCACCAAGAGGCGGGAGAGGUCGUGGAGGCGCUCGUAUGGGUAGAGACACUACUGGGCGAGGAAUCACCGGAGAGAAGGCAAACAAUGGUUCAACUGCCGGCCCUGCAGGAGAUCCCGAAAACCGCGGAAGAGGUAUGUCGACUGCGCCUAGGGCUACUUCUCUCCCUCCCAAUUCGGCCAAGAGGCCGUCAAGUGAUAUACGAUCCCAAGGGAAAUCCCCUGCUAUUCCCACUAACGACAAAUCAAAACCGGGUCAAACCAACCUUCCGGCCAAGAAUCAGUCGAGCUCAAACUCUGAUGCCCGAAGAACCUCCACUGCGGAUCAAGCUUCAGAGGAUCAUCAGUCGGCUCGAGGAGAUAAUCCCAAAGGCUUCAACGCAGAUCACGCACAAGCUGCUUCAAAUGAGAACGGCCCACGAUCCGCAGCCGCUGAUCGAAAGGGCGAACAGGGCAACCAAUUUAAAGAGGGUGCCAAUUUCAACAAGGACAACAGUCAGAGAGCUGACGGCCGUGGAGAUCGCGGCCGUGGGGGCUUCCGGGGUCGUGGUGGGCAUAAUGGGUUUGCAAAUGGUCAACAGCAUCCUCAACAUGCAUUUACCAACGGUCAUGGACCACAACCAAAUGGGUUUGCUGUUCGACAAAAUUCGAACCCUUACAGCCCCUCCAUGCAGCAGACUGCCUUCGGGAAUCCAUACACACAGGCACCAGCGAGAGGUGGCCGGGGUGGUUCCCGAUCACAAUCAAUUCCUAACAAUGGCAUCUACGGUCGCUUCCCCAAUGGUGCGCAACAGAUAGCGCCACUUCAGACCCAGGGCAUGUAUGAAUAUCCGCCAUUGCAGACAAUGAGUGCUGUUCCAUACCUUUCUUAUGUCGAUCAGUUCCCGCUGCUUGCAAUGGUGACCAUGCAGCUCGAUUACUACUUCUCAAUUGACAAUCUCUGCAAAGAUGUAUUCUUGCGGAAACAUAUGGAUUCCCAGGGCUUUGUGUUCUUGGCGUUUAUUGCUGGUUUCAAGCGGAUACAAGCCCUUACUCAGGACUUGGACAUGUUGCGUUAUGCUUGCCAAGAGUCGGAGAAUAUUGAUAUCAUCAAGGGUGAAGACGGAAUUGAUCGUAUAAGGAGAAAGGAGGGCUGGGAAAAAUGGGUCUUGUCAAUGGAAGAGAGAGAUGAGUCUGUCCGAAAUGCUGGUCCUUCGUAUCACCAACGACAGCAGCUACAUCAGAGACCCCAACACAUGGGAUCGAUGUUAAUGCCCGGUGCUCACGCAAUUUCCCCGCCUGCCUUCUCCCCUAACGGCAUGGAGUCCAGCUUUCGAUCAUAUGGAAACGGCGCCCCUGUUGCCCCUGUGAACGGAAACACAUACCACCCCGAGACCCCACUUUCAGCUGCUGUGCCAGACUUUUCUCCUGGCGCGCUUCCUCUCAAUGGCACUACUGACCCCUUGGACGAGGAGACCACGUUUUUCGACGAGGAGAUAGCGAAUUUGAAGCUCGUGUUCGCUUCUCCCAAAGGCAAUGAAAAUUCCAAGGCAAGACCGGCGUAUCAUAACGCGUCCUCAAGAACCUUUUCGAAUGGUUCGAUCGAUGUAAGAUCGAUUGCUGAGGAAAUUCAUGACGAUUCCCGUCAAGGUCGAGGCCUGGCCAAUGGAUCACGUGCGUCCGAAACCUCUCCUGACAGUUUGCGGCGCUCAAGGAGCCCUUUCGGUCCUCUUUCCCCUACGAGAACUACUUCCAAUAACGGACCUCCAGUGAUGUGGGUGAAGGGUCAAAGACAGCAGGCCCCAAUACCGGAAGGCAAUAAGGACGAGUUAUAUACAACCGUUCGCGCCAGAGCCUUAGAGAAUCGAGAAUCCUCUGCACCUGGCGAGACCCAUCCUGAUAUGAAAGUUCUCUAUGAGUUCUGGUCCCACUUCCUCUGCAGAAAUUUCAAUCCCAAGAUGUAUUCUGAAUUCCGAAAAUACGCCCUUGAAGAUGCAAAAGAAAAUGCUAUCUAUGGAGUAAAGAGUCUGAUCUCUUAUUAUGACGAGAUCCUCAUCAGCAAGAAGAAAGUCAUACCAGAUGUUCUGGCAUCACAUUAUGUCGAGCUUGUCAAAGAUGAGAAGUCCAAGGCAGGACCUGAUUCCGAGCGACCAGCAUUUGCAAAGCUUCGAUCCGCUUGGAGAAAUGGUGCUCUCGAUCUGAGGAGCAGAAAGAAGAUUGACAACUUGGUUGAUCCCAAGUUGAAGGAGGAACUGGAGCGAUGA